UCUUGAAAAGUGUGUGAGAAUUUUGUCUAAGAAAAAUAUUUUCUGAAUUUAAGUAAGAAAAAGUUAUUUACUAUUCAACUUUUGUGACUAUGGACGCUGAAGUCGAAGGCAGUAUUGAAAAUAAUGUACAAUCUGGCGACGAAGUGGCGUCACCAUCUAUAGAUGGUGAAACUCCAUAUAAAGGUGGUGUUGGGCCUUCUCAGGAAAACAAUGCAACCCCUAAUAUAAAUGGAAAUGCGGGACAAGCAACGCCAGAUACAAGCGAAGGCGAAUCUCAAUGGACUCCAAACAAUCAAAGUGCUGCCACUGCUAAACCUUUUAGUAUGCCGCCAUUUGGUGGACCACCCGGAGCUUUUCGUGGUGGACGGGGAGGUAUUCAUAUAAUGCCUUUUGGUCGCGGUGGUGCUCGAGGAGGUGGCGGCAAUUUUGGCGGACGCGGACCGGGAAGCUUUGAUCCGAAUUGGCAGGGACAAAAUCAAAAUGGCCCACCAAAUAUGACAAACGGGCCACCACUCGAGCUGUGGGUGGAGACUAAGACAGAUGAUGGAAAAUCUUAUUUUUAUCAUGCCAUGACACGUGAAACAACAUGGACAAGACCAGAAGGUCAAAAUAUUAAGGUUAUGACUCAAGCAGAAAUUGAGGAAGUGAAUAAAAAACAGCAACCACCUCAACAGCAAUCUCAACAGAAUAACACACAGCAUGCGGAUGCUAAUGUUAAAGGGCCAGAGCCUAGUGGUCACGCUCAAGGUGGCAUGAUAGAUGCGCAAAAGGAGUUACCCCCCAUGUCGGUUGCUCCACCCAUGAAAGCACCAGAUACAUUGACACAACAUCCACCACCAAAUAUGAUGUCACAACCACCACCCACACAACAGACCUUGACGCAGCCACCACCAAAUGUAGUACCAAGCGGUGCGCCACCAAUGACUCAACAGCCUCCACCUUCUAUGCACCAACAGCCACCUCCAUUCUUUCCACCUGGUAUGCAUCCACCGAAUUUCUCGCAAACUCCAUUUGGAAUGCCUCCUCCUGGUUAUGGUGGCUUUCCAGGUGGACCAGCACCUUGGGGUAUGCCCUGGAAUCAGCACAUGCAUCCUCCACACGGUCCGCCGGUGCAAGACAAACCGGCAAAAAAUUUAAUUAUAAAACCUGGUGUAAUUGAUCCUGCUGUAAUUGCACGCGCUGCUGAAUGGUCCGAACAUCGUGCACCUGACGGACGUCCCUAUUACUAUCAUGCCGGUCGCGGCGAGAGUGUUUGGGAGAAACCACAAGCGUUACGCGACAUGGAAGCAGCACGCAUGGCUGCUCAUUCGGGCACAACUCCGCAACAGGCAGUGGCUCCCCAAGUCGCACCCACCAUGCCACCACACAUGAUGCCCAAUCCUGCCCUUAUGCACAUGACGCCGGCAGCCGGCGGUUAUGAACAGGCUAUGGCGUAUAAUGCUGCUGCUGCCGCAGCCGCCGCCGCCGCUGCAGCAGCUGCUGCCAAUCUCAAACCCAUCGAACAAACCAAAGCGGCGCAAGCUGCGGCAUUGGAAAAAGAAUCCAGGAAGGUGGCAGAGGAAAAACGAAAGAAAGAGGAGGAGCAACAAAAGAAAGUUACGGCAACAACAGCAAAACCAGUAGAUAAAUCACGUCCUAUAUCAAGUACUCCGAUCGCUGGUACACCAUGGUGUGUCGUUUGGACAGGUGAUGCGAGGGUUUUUUUCUAUAAUCCUUCCACACGAACAUCUGUUUGGGAAAGACCUGACGAUUUGAUAGACCGUGCCGACGUAGACAAAGCAGUCAACAAUCCGCCGGAACAGUUAAAGGCUGCUGGUAAUGUCGCUGCGGAGAAACAGGUCGAAAAGAUUGAGACAGAGAAGAAAAAAGAGGUUGAAAUUCCCGAGGAAGAGGAAGAAGAAGAGCAAGAAGAUGAUGAAGUCAUCAAAAUACGCACUGAAUCUGAAUCCAGUGUGGAAGAAGUACCAACGAAGAAGUCCCGAUUAUCCGCAAAGCAAACCAGGAAAGCGGAUGCCAACGAAGCAGCCGUGGAAGCUGAGGUACGCGCGGCUAAGGAGCGCGCUGUAGUGCCAUUAGAGACACGUGUCAAACAGUUUAAAGAAAUGUUGCGUGAAAAAGAUGUAUCAGCAUUUAGCACUUGGGAGAAGGAGCUACACAAAAUUGUUUUCGAUCCACGUUAUUUGCUGCUAACCUCCAAGGAGCGCAAACAGGUGUUUGAAAAGUACGUUAAAGAUCGCGCUGAAGAGGAACGCAAGGAGAAGCGCAAUAAGAUGCGUCAAAAGCGCGAAGAUUUUCGCAAGCUUAUGGAAGAUGCAAAGCUGCAUGGAAAGUCCUCAUUCAGUGAGUUUUGUCAGCGUUAUGGCAAAGAUGAUCGGUAUAAAGCUAUCGAAAAGGUGCGCGAACGUGAGAGCCUCUUCAACGAGUAUAUUGUAGAUGUGCGUCGUCAAGAAAAAGAGGAGAAAAUACAAAAAAAGGAACAGAUACGCAAGGAUUUCAUAGAAAUGUUGCGCGAACGGUCGGAUAUGGACCGGCAUACACGUUGGCAUGACAUCAAGAAGAAAUUCGAUGCCGAUCAACGUUAUCGUGCUGUGGAGAGUUCUACUUAUCGCGAGGAAUACUUCCAGGACUUUAUGCGCAUCAUGAAAGAAGAGAAGCGUAAACAACGUGAGCUGAAGGAUCGUGAGCGGGAGCGUGAGCGUGAGAAGGAAAGGGAGAGGGAGCGUGAACGUGAUAGGGAACGGGAUCGUGAACGCAAGUCAGAUCGCAAACGUGGCCGCAAUGAUCGUAGCCGUAGCCGCAGUCGAGAACGCGAUCGUGAUCGCAGUGACAAGGACAAAGGUAAAGAGCGUGAAAAGGAUAGGGAGCGUGAGAAGGAUAAGGAGCGGGAGAAAGACAAAGAAAGGGAUAGGGAGCGAGAAAAGGAAAAGGAUAAGGAGAAGAAUGGCGAGCAGAAGAAAAAACACGAUGAGUCGGAUGAGGAAGGCGAGCAACAUGACGAUGAAGAGGGUCACACUAAUAGCGAGGAUGAUGAAGCGGAGCGGCUACAAAAGGAACGUGAAAAGCAAUUGCGUGCCGAACAAAGUAUACGCGAACGUGAGAAGGAGGUUCAACGCACAUUAGCUGGACAUUUGCGCGAUCGCGAUAAAGAGCGGGAGCACCACAAACGGGAUGAAGCUAUUGGUCAUUUCAAUGCGCUGCUAACGGACUUGGUACGUAACCCAGAUCUGACAUGGAAGGAGGUGAAACGGCAACUACGUAAGGAUAGUCGCUGGGAGCUAAUUGAGACGCUAGAUCGAGAUGAUCGUGAGAAACUCUUCAACGAACACAUCGACACACUUAUGAAGAGAAAGCGUGAAAAAUUCCGUGAAAUGCUCGAUGAAUUGUCAGCGCUGGAGCUGACCAGUUCAUGGAAGGAUAUCAAAAAAUCAAUUAAAGAAGAUCCACGUUAUCUGAAAUAUAACAAUUCCGAUAAAUGUGAACGCGAAUUUCGUGAUUAUAUUAAAGACAAAACUCUCGCUGCCAAGACCGCAUUGCGUGAGCUUUUACAGGAAUGCAAAUUAAUAACACACAAAAGUAGCGAAGUUGUUAAAGACAACCCGAAUCAUCUGAAGGAAAUACAGGAUAUACUGAGGAACGAUAAGCGCUAUCUAAUAUUGAGCCACAUGGAAGAGGAGCGCACCACUAUCAUUGUGAAUUACUUGGAAGAGUUGCAUAAACGUGGUCCUCCACCGCCUCCAACGGCUUCUGAAUCAACUAGACGCAAUAAGUAAUUUAUCAUCCAACAUUUUAAGUAAAAAUACCAAUAACUUGUGGUAAAAUAACAUUUUUAUGCGAUGUUAUGGUCACAAGAAUGCAUAAUGAAAAAAUUGAAUUAUAAUCUAAUGAUAAGCCUUUUAUUACACAUACCAAUUUAGUCAAAAUAACAAAAUGAAUUGCAUUAAUUAGAAGCAAAUUUGUGUCAACUAACUGAUUCAGUUUAACCUCAUUCAUUAUGUAUGUAUUAACCUUGUAGUUUCAGCAGUCAAUUGUGAAAUAAACAUGAAUCCAAUUAGU